CGCGGGUCCUGUAGAGAGCAGUAGAUAGUUUUAAUAAGUGCGGCUCCUCUUACUGUACAGCACACAGUGCAGCGGAGGGAGGAGCGACAGCGUACUGUUUCUUUUUUGGUUCUUUCCACUCCACACGCACACACACGCGUUGCAGGUCGUCCAAACGUAACUGUAGGACAACAAAACAGGAAUCAAACUAGGAAGCGUCGUUGGAAAGCGGACAGGAGAGUCCGCUUUUAAACGGUACGAGGCUCAACAGUAGUGGCCAGGCGGAGGACUGGCGCUCGGGAGAGCGGAGGUGGGGGAGAGCCAUCCAGCCCUGCCGUUACACACUUUCUAUAGCAACCAGGAGGAACCCGGCUGACUUUUUUUCUCCCGCUUCGUCUCCGCCUCAUGACCCAAUUCCCAGAACAACGUGGGGUCCAAGGCGCGCGGGGAAACUGUGGGACGAGUUUGCAGAGACGUUGGCUGGAACGAAGGCUGGGAUCGAAAAUAGAGGAGCAGCUCUGAAGUGAAGGCAGUUGGCAACCAAGGACAGAAACGAGGUGGACGACACGUCGGAGGGGCGUGGGAAUCACUAACCGCACGCACGUACAGUAUGAUUGGGUGUCUCCCAUUCCUCCUUCCGUCUGCCUAAGAGCGACGUCCACCUCCAGCCCUGGCUGCAGGGCCAGCAGAUUUACCCCCGCGGUUUCCCCAACCUCUUCUGUGUCCUGAAGCUUCACACCCAGCAACAACCUCACAGGGGGUCAACCCCCCCUCACCCCUUACCCUCCGCCCUCCACGGCUCCCCUCCCAGGUACUCCAGGGACGAGACGACUCUGUGCUUUACAGACAGACCCCUCCGGACCGUCGAAUGACGAGCGUGCUUCGGAGGGCGGGGCUUGCCUCAGUCUCUCAUGAUUGGCUGCUGGAUGGAAUUGAGGUGAAUGGAACACAUGCCCAAGGAGCAGGACUCUAACCCAUCAGAGGGAGAAGAGAAACAGUGGCUCAAUGGCCCUAAGAGGAAGAGGAAGAACAGCCAAUGUUCGGUGAAGAGUAUGACUGGGUACAUCCCCAGCUACCUCGAAAAGGAUGAGCCAUGUGUGGUGUGUGGCGACAAGGCCACAGGGUACCACUACCGCUGCAUUACCUGCGAGGGCUGCAAGGGUUUCUUUCGUAGGACCAUUCAAAAGAACCUCCACCCCACCUACUCCUGCAAGUAUGAUGGCUGCUGCAUCAUUGACAAGAUCACCCGCAACCAGUGCCAGCUGUGUCGCUUUAAGAAGUGCAUCUCAGUGGGAAUGGCCAUGGACUUGGUCCUGGAUGACUCAAAGCGUGUGGCUAAACGGCGCCUUAUUGAGGAGAACAGGGAGAAACGCAAAAAGGAGGAGAUGGUGAAGUCCCUGCAGACCCGUCCAGAGCCCACUGUGGCCGAGUGGGACCUGAUCCGGCUGGUGACAGAGGCCCAUCGGCAUACCAACGCUCAGGGCGCACAGUGGAAACAGAACCGCAAAUUCCUGCCAGAGAAGAUUGGCCAAUCUCCGGUUGCCCCGACGUCCGACGGAGACAAGGUCGACCUGGAAGCCUUCAGCGAAUUCACCAAGAUCAUCACCCCUGCCAUCACCAGAGUAGUCGACUUUGCCAAAAAACUGCCCAUGUUCUCUGAGCUGCCUUGUGAAGACCAGAUCAUCUUGUUGAAGGGCUGCUGCAUGGAGAUCAUGUCGUUGCGUGCAGCAAUCCGUUAUGACCCCGAAAGCGAGACGCUGACGCUGAGCGGGGAGAUAGCUGUGAAGCGCGAGCAGCUGAAGAACGGAGGGCUGGGUGUGGUGUCUGAUGCCAUCUUUGAUUUGGGCAAAAGCCUGGCGCAGUUCAACCUGGACGACACGGAAGUGGCGCUUCUGCAGGCCGUGCUUCUCAUGAGUUCAGAUCGCUCAGGCCUGACGUCUGUGGACAAGAUAGAGAAGUGCCAGGAGACGUACCUGCUGGCAUUCGAACACUACAUCAAUUACCGCAAGCACAACAUUCCCCACUUCUGGCCCAAACUCCUGAUGAAGGUGACGGACCUGCGGAUGAUCGGUGCAUGCCACGCCAGCCGUUUCCUUCACAUGAAGGUGGAGUGUCCCAACGAACUGUUCCCGCCGCUUUUCCUCGAGGUCUUCGAGGAACAGGAAGUGUGACACGUGCAGAUGCCAGCAUGUGCAAUGGGAAACAGGAAACAGGAGAUGGGCUAAGCCACAGAGACACAUGGAGAGUCUCAUCGGCAGGAAUUUGCGUUUCUCCGACAUCAAAUUCACAGUUUGUGGUUACAAAGAAACUGGAUAUAACCGGAAAGAAAACACACACCAGCAACAGGAGAAUGGAACAAGAACCUCCUCCCUCUCUUUCUUACACCAUCUCCUGUUUAAACAUCCGUGUGGGGGCCCUUCUGUCUGAGCAAGCUGUUUUAUCCAGAAAGAGUUGUUGCCAUUUGCCAAGACACAUCCACAAACACAUAAAAACACUCACACACAGAGCCACAGCUUGUUUCACCUCAGUUCUUCAGGGCAGCGUUGUUUGUGGGGAUCAGGUUCCCCUCCUUGUUUCCUUUUUUUUUUAAUGCUUCUCGCAGUGCUCACGUUUUGAAGCAGCCUCAGAGCUGGUCAGAAUCUUUCAGUAUUAUUUCUGAAUAAGUGUU